GGGCGCUCACGGUCCAAUCGCACAGCAGCCGGGCCCUCAGCCGAGUCCACAAUGGCCGGGCAUGAACAACGGCGAGAAGCCCUUCCUGCCACCACCAGGCCCAACGCCGCCGCCUCACGCAUAUGGGACAUGGGAGUCUAAGCCAUCUCCGAGCCCGCCUGGUCAGGUUCCAUUCAGCCCGUACGCACCGCAGGGAUCUCCGCCGCCGCCCGGAGUGUAUCCGAAUGGCGCCAGGCCUCCAUCUACGCCCGGCUCGCCGCGCCCAGAGACGGUGAGCAGCAGUACGUAUGCAGGAUACACGCCCAUGCAGAGCCCGCCGAUGGCGAGAACGAGCCCCGAUCGCACGCUCGCGAUGUCCGUCACCUCAAGAGGGAACAGCCCUCCCAUCGCCCUUCAGCAAUCGUCUUUUGCGGAUGAAGGGAAGCUGUCCGUUUCCAUCGAUUUCGGUACCACGUUUUCGGGUGUGGCUUAUGGAUCUUCGCGUAUCGCCGCCGGCAAAGUCCAGCAAAUCCUGAACUGGCCGGGGUCCUUCGAAACGUUCAGGAAGAUUCCGACAUGUCUUCUGUAUGACCAAACAGGCCAGGUGAUCGCGUGGGGCAUUGAGGCGAAGAACGCGGGCCCGGUACCAGGCGCGGUCAAGUGCGAAUGGUUCAAGCUGUUCCUCGAGCCUCACGCCCUCCGGGAUGAGACAAACGUAGAUCCUCGUUUGCCUGCUCUGCCGCCAGGGAAACGAGCUAUCGAUCUCAUCAUUGACUUCUUGUCGUGUCUAUGGGACUACGCUAAGCAGCAAAUCACGCGAGAAAUAGGCGCAGUGGCAGACCUAGAUUCUGCGGACGUGUGGCUCACAGUACCCGCCGCAUGGGACGCCACAGGAUGCCAGAUGAUGCGGGAUGCCGCCAUUGCCGCCGGCCUUGUCCGAUCUGCCAGGGCUGGGGACCACGAGUGGAGAGAUCGCCUACGAAUUAUCAGCGAGCCAGAAGCAGCGGCCGUGCAUUGCGCUAACCUGACGGACGUGCACAAGCUGUCCCCAAAUCAGAACUUUAUGAUCUGCGACGCCGGUGGUGGCACUGUCGACCUGGCGGUGUACAGGAUCAUCGGCAUGCUGUCCAACCUCGAGAUCGCAGAGCUAUGCGCGCGCUCAGGCGCAAACUGCGGCUCACUCUUCCUGGACCUGCGAUUCCGGGAGCUGAUGAAGACGCUGCUCGCCGACCACCCGGUGCAUCUCGACCGGGUGAGCCUCGCAAAUUUUAUGGAGAGCUUCAGUGAGACGGACAAGCUGCGGUACAUGGGAGAGGAAGACGACGACAAGAUGUUCCACUUUACCUGUUUCAACGUGGAGGAUCCCGACGACCCCGCAGUGGGCCUGGUGAACGGCGAGGUGGCGAUCCCCGGGAACCUGCUCAGGCGGGAGGUGUUCGACCCAGUGGUGGACGAGGUCCUGGAGCUGAUCGAAGCACAGACGCAGAAGGUCAAUCGACGGCUCGAUGCGCUUCUCCUCGUGGGAGGUUUCUCCGCGAGCGAGUACCUGUUCCGCAAGGUGCAGGAGCAGUUCAAGUCGCGUAUUCGCGUCAUCGCGCGCCCCGCCGACUGUGACACGGCCACCGUGCGAGGCGCGGCGCAGUACGGGCUGGCUCGGCGGCCACUCGUAUCGAGUGUAAUUGCGCCACAAUCAUACAUGCUAAAGGUCAAAUUACCUGCGGAGAACGAGGACUGGCUGAAGAGACCAGCCUAUAUCCGGGAGAACGACGCCGGGGUCGCGAUAUGCGAAAGCAGAUUGCAGUACCUGGUAGCAAAGGGGGCUAUAAUGCGGAAGGGUCAACGCCUCAAGACGACGUUCUGCAAGUUCUCGCAGACCCCGAACGACCGGAUGUUCGUCGCGACACUGUAUACCUCGGACAGCGAUAAGAUCAUGCGGUACACUGAUGAGGGCGAGAUCAACGAGCUGUGCAAGUGGACGAUCGAUCUCGGUGCGCUUCCGAGCUUCCAGCAGAACGCGAGCGUGCCAAACUCGAAUGGGUUCUACACCGAGUUCGAGCUCGGGCUGGAGCUGGACAGCGCCGAGGUCCGCGGCGUGCUCAUCUAUCAGGGCCAGGACUGGGGCAGGGUCGUCUUCGACUACCGCUCGUGAGCGCACAGGCACGCUCACGGGCUCCCCGAGGGACUCGUGCAGGGCCCCGGCGCGGUGCGAUCUCUGGUAUGCUACCUCCGAUAUGGCAUGGGCCUCCUACGCUUGGAUACACUUCUUUUCACUUCCC